AAUUAACCAAGACCAUUCACCUGCAGUGCAGGAAGUGGAGUAAAGGUGAACAAAUCAAACACACCUGUGAGAAAAGGGAGGGAAAUGCAACAAAGGAAGUGAACAGAGGGAGAAAGAGUUGAAAAAACUGAACUUUUAUUUCACCAUCUGUAGGGCCUUGAACUACAUCAGUGGAUUAAGCCAACUUGCCCUGUUUUCUGGUAAAGACUAAGUAACCAGUUUGUGGGAAGACUGCUUUGGAGAACUAUUUUAAACCCUGGAACUACAUUUGCAGAGACUUCGCUUGACAAAAACAAGUGGCAGAUAAGUUGACGUUUCCAGCUUUCUUUUUGCUUCUACUGACUUUUACCCAAGAACUAUGGGCAUUUGUCUUCUCUUUUUCUUAUCCAUGGGUGUAUUUAAACACACACAUACACACUGGUUUCCAUGAUUGAUAUCAAUUAAGUUUUUAAUCAUUAACUGUUAGCCUCUCUUGUGACUUGGUUUAAAAUGUAUCUAUUUUGACCAAAUUGUUAUUUUUAUUACUCGUUAAAAUUGAAAGAGUAGGAAGUGCAUUUAAUCACAUUAAACUGUACCUUUUAUAGUUAUAUUUGUUGGGACAUUCUGGAACACGACUGUUGUUGUAGGCACACUUCAAGCAGGGACAUUUUUCUGUUCCCUACAUGUUUGGAGUUAGGAUUAGAAGUAGAAUCAGAUCAGUGUUAGCAGGGUCAGGAUUAAGAAUAGGUUUAUAUCUGUCAUAGUUAAGCCAAGGGGAAAUGUCCAAGCGAUGCUUUGUCUAUGUAAAGUGCUCACACUGUGUGUGUGUGUGUGUGUGUGUGUGUAUUUUAACAGUUGACUCUGACACAAAAAUUGAGCAAAGAGUACAAAAUAUAUCGCUUUAAAUUGUAAUUGAAUUAAACAGUAAUACCUUGUGUUUCCACUAGAUGGAAGGAUUUCACAAGAGUUCAUUGCUUGAUUAAGCUUCAGUAAACCUGCACACAUUUGUUCAAAGAAAUGCAGCCACAAUCUUUUACUUUUCUAUUUUUCUUAAAAUAUUAAUUGAUUAAUGACAUACAGUAUGUGUGAUGCAUAAGGCAAUGCAAAUUGAAUCUGGCUAAUGCGAGACCUGACCCUUUGACACCACAUGUCACACCCCCUGGAUUAUAGGUCAUGCAAAAACCCAGAAUGCAUAGUCUUAAGUGUUUUUGUAUGUGCUUUAAAUUUCCUUCAAGAAACUUUACAAAAAACCCUUGUUCCAAAAAACAACCUGUUCUACCUGGAGAGAUGAUCUUUCAUGUAGAAGUAAUUGCUAAAAUCAUGUAAUAUUCUAUUUGUACAAAGCAUAAAUGGACCAAAACUAAAUUUACUAAUUUCAGUCACCAUCAUCUGUACAUCAAUGCUUGUACAGAUUAUUUACAUAUAUAUUCACAUUGACAGAGUUAUUGAAGGUUUACUGUAAUCCUUGUUUAAUGUAUAAUACAGUUCAUGUGUUCAAAUUUAUGAAUGUGUAACUCUUCAAAUCUGCAUUUCAUGCCUUGGGCUCUGAUCCAGGUCCUCAUUGGUUGGUCUGGACCGGGGAGGUGGGAGUGGUUCAUGCCAAGAUAAAAGGAGCAAUUGCCUCUUGUUCUGCUUUCACAUACAAACACAUUCAACACGUGUCUGGCUGCGUGUGCAUCUGCGUGUGGAUGUUGAGAAUCAGAAGAGGACCGGUCCAAACCAUCCAAGCACCUGAGUGUCCUUUUUUUGAAAAGUUGAACCAUGGAUAUUGCCGAGUUCCGUCGCAGAGGAAGGGAGAUGGUCGACUUUGUGGCUGACUACUAUGAGAACAUAGAAAAGAGACCCGUCUUCCCAGACGUUGAACCAGGAUAUCUUCGCUCUCUAAUCCCCAGCGAGGCUCCAGUGGAUCCAGAAACCUAUGAGGAUAUUAUGAAAGAUGUGGAGAGAGUGAUAAUGCCAGGGGUGACACACUGGCAGAGCCCAAACUUUUUUGCUUACUUCCCAGCUAAUUCCUCAUUACCUGCCCUUUUGGCUGACAUGCUUAGUGGAGCCAUUGGCUGCAUUGGAUUUACUUGGGCUGCCAGCCCAGCCUGCACAGAGCUGGAGACUGUGAUGUUGGAUUGGCUUGGAAAGAUGCUACAACUGCCUGAGUGUUUCUUAGCUGGGACUGAUGGUCAAGGAGGAGGUGUCAUCCAGGGCACUGCCAGUGAAGCCACUCUAAUGUCUCUGCUUGCUGCUCGGUGUAAAACGGUUCGAAGGGUUCAGGCCUCCAACUCUCAACUCUUAGAGGGGGAAAUCUUUUCCAAAAUGAUGGCAUACACAUCUGAGGAGGCUCAUUCCUCAGUGGAGCGUGCAGCUCAGAUUGCAGGAGUGAUGAUCAGGAAGGUUCCGACAGAUGACACUUAUGCCGUUAGAGGGGAAAUGCUGAAGAAGAUGGUGGAGAUGGAUAAGGCAGCUGGACUGAUACCAUUUUAUUUUUGUGCGACUCUCGGCACCACUCCUUCCUGUGCUUUUGAUCACAUCACUGAACUGGGGCCCAUAUGUAAUGACGAAAACAUGUGGAUGCACGUCGAUGCAGCGUAUGCAGGCAGUGCUUUUGUCUGCCCUGAAUUUAGACAUUUGUUAAAUGGCAUUGAGUAUGCAAACUCAUUUGACUUCAAUCCACACAAAUGGCUUUUAGUCAACUUUGACUGCUCUGCAAUGUGGGUGAAGAACAGAGCUGAUCUAAUUGGAGCUUUCAAGGUGGAUCCACUCUACCUGAAACACGAGAACCAGGAAUCAGGUUUGGUGACCGAUUAUAGGCACUGGCAGAUUCCACUUGGAAGAAGGUUCCGCUCCCUGAAGAUGUGGUUUGUCUUCCGUCUGUAUGGACACAAAGGGCUUCAGUCACAUAUACGACAUCAUGUGACCCUAGCUAAAGAAUUUGAGAGUCUGGUACGAGCAGACAAGAGGUUUGAGAUCUGUGCUGAAGUCAUCCUGGGUCUGGUCUGCUUUAGACUUAAGGGUGAAGAUGUGCUGAGUGAGAAUUUACUAAAGAAGAUUAACCAGAAAAGGGAGAUCCACCUGGUGCCUUGUCAGCUCUCCGGCCGCUUUGUGCUGCGAUUUGCUGUAUGUAGUCGAACGACAGAGUCACAUCACAUUCAGAAAGCAUGGCAGCACAUCACACAGCUGACCUUUGAGGUGCUGCAGGUGUCCAAUUAUUGAGGGGUGGUAAAGCAAAACCUCUAGGUUACCAAAAGGUGCACCAAAGUUAGGAUAUAAAAAAAAGAAUCCAUGUUGUGGUACUAAAUGUUGCAAAAGGGAAAACCUGCAGUCGUGUGUGUUGUUGUUGUUUCCCUUAUGUUAAAAAACAAACAAAAACAUUCCAAAAACUGAGUGCGUAAAAGGGAUUGUUUCUGGUUCUAUGUGCACACUUGAUCUCUGGCUUUAAUCUGUCGUGUUAAAUCGUCCUCAUCAAAUGCAGUAAUUCCUCUGCAGACUUAUCUUUGGUGUCUCAUCUUCUUCUGUGUCUCCAUGAUCCAACAUGGUGUAUCAAGUAAGUGGAUAUUCUUCUUUUUAAAUAAUAAUAAUUGUAUUAUUUAAUCAAUAAUAAUAAUAUUAAUAAUAAUAAUAAUUAUUAUUAUUUAUUUCAGGAGUUUGGUUGACUGUGAAUGAAAGAUUUUUUUAUUUCAAUGAAUGUAUUUGAAAAUGAGAGUGUGAGUGUAUUUUUAUGACCAGUGAGAUGUAAUAUUUUAUGAGAAUUACGAGAAUCUAAAGAUUUAAAAAAGAAAUUAAUCACAUUUAAUCAAUAUAUUCUAUUGUUGGUCUUUUUCGUUUCGUUUCAUUCUAACAGCCCCUGAGAGGUUGUUAAAAUGCUGCUGAUAGUUAGGGAAAUAAACUCUAAGUGCUUUACUGUAAUUAUUUUUUGGUAUCUUAACAAGUACCUUGCUUUUUGUCUAAUUCUUUUUUGUGAAAUUCACCAAUCUGGCAUUUCUCACAUUUUGUCAAAGACAAUGCUUUUAUGCUGUUGGUUGUGAGGUGGGGGAGCUUGAAUAUAUAAGUCUGAAGUAGUGAGCUUUUUGAAUCAUGUGUCCCUUAAAUAUUUGUGCACCUUUUCUCUGGUUUGGUGCUGAAAUGGUCUUAAAGUUAACGUUUGUGACACUGGAGUGAUCUUUCAUGUGACUGUGUCAUGUGACCUCUGGAGUUUAUUCGUCCUUGCUUUGUUUGUCCUGCAUGCUUCAAGAUGGGUUUAUUUUAAUAAAGCUCUGUUUAAGCGUC